GAAAUGGCCAAGUCCACGCUAAUGGCUACACACUCGGCUCGAUUGUGCUCCACGGAAACUGCCCGAACAGUGAACUGUCUCAAUGAGACCGAGUUAAGAACUUAGUGCAGCAUUGUCGGGGCAUGGUGCAGCGUGUGAUCCGAGUGCCCGGAAAAAGGCUGCCUCAACCGUUGCAGAAAUUGUCUAUGAGACGCAUUUUAUGAAAUGUGGCGGAUCAGGACUUUUGAAAUUCGUCAGAGAAAAACAAGUGGGCGAGUCGCAUAUUUGCCGUUGUGUGCAAAGAUCUUAUAGCAGUUUGUUUCCUGGUUUCCUUUAAUUACUUUGCACCGCGUCCUGCUGUUGCGAAAACGUAUCCAACGCUGUAGAGAUGACCGCGAUUUUUCAAAUGAGGGUUUUAGUGUCCUGGCAACCCAAAAGGAGAGGACAAAUGCAAACCGAAUCAUUAGUGGAGUCGUUGAGCGUCUUUCGGGUUCGUCUCCGGACAGUCCCCUGCCGCGAAUGAAAGAUGUAGUCGAGCUGAUUUAAUAAGACGACACCAGGCUCCGGACAACCCAAAGGGAGAGGAUAAAUGCGAUCAAAAUACUUUGCAAUGGAUUGUACGUUGAGAAAGAUGCUGUUGUCAUUGUUGCUGUUCCCUAGCUUGGCUGAAGGGUCUUUCUCUCGAUCCUAUGGGAUGUUGAAUAGAGACAUCCUGCUGCCCAGCGCCUUCCAUGCUUCAUCCAACUUCAAUCUGAAAAAUCUCAUCAUCACAUGGCAGCGGACAGACAGUCUCGCCGUGGUUUACAGUUUCUAUUCUGGAACAAUCCAUCCGGAGUAUCACGACAAAGCAUUCCUGGGCCGCACUCAACUAUUUAUCACCGAAUUCUGCAAAGGGAAUGCGAGCCUGAAAUUGGAAAGAAUGGUGUUAUCGGAUGUGGGAAGCUACACUUGUUUUGUAACUGUAGAUGAUGGAAUGCCACACAUUGAGAACGUGGUGGAACUAAAAUUAAAUGAUAUAUCGGAGAAUAAUACAUCCGGUGGCCCCGAUCCAGCUUCAGAAAGGAAAAAGCUUGUACUCGUAGUUCCAUUGCUACUUGUCAUUUUAAUUGCAGUUGGAAUUUUGUUUUGGAAAGUGAAAAACAAGAAGAAACCUGAUAUUGAAGAGAUGAUUCAUUUACUGGAAGACAAUAUAAAAGAUGUCAUUCAGAACUAUAAAGAGUACAUCUUGAAAGAUAAAAUGCAUUUAUGUUGUUCAUUAUCACAACGGCGAUUCGCAAACUAUUCGCUUGCCAGAACCAUCAACGUUACCAACCCGAAGGAACAAGACCUAGAUGGUGAUCUUAUCAGGAGCGAUGACUCAAAUAAUUCACAAGAAGUACAAAUUUCACAACUGCUGACUUUGCUUCGGGAAGAAAACUUCUCAAAGCGAGUCCUGCUGGUAGGUGAUGCAGGAGUAGGGAAGAGUUGGACUGUUGUCAGCAUGGAGCAAGAGUGGGCAUCUCAACCAACCCACCUCUUGAGGUGCAUCUUUGUUCUCAGAUUCCGUGACUUGAAUGAGGUUAAAGGAAAAACAUCUCUCCGGGAUCUGCUGAAGAAGCAUUGCACACCUUUGUCAUCAGUCCUAACCGAACUCCUCUCGAACCCUCAAGAUGUGUUGAUCAUUUUGGACGGGCUGGAUGAAUUCGCCCAUCAGUUGCAAUGGAAUCCUUCAGGCUGUGAUUUCAACCUGGAUAGUGAGGCUGAAGUAGGUGUUCUUGUUUCCAAACUAAUAUCCAAGAACCUCCUUCGAGAAGCCCAGGUGUUGGUUACCUCCCGGUGGAAUACCAAGCAGAUAGAAUUUAACAAGAAGUACUUUGAUCAGCUUUUUGUUAUCUCUGGCUUUACCAAUGAUCAGCUGAAAAAAUAUUGUGAGGUGUUUUGUGGAGAGCAGCAAAAGGCGGAAGAAAUGUUUCAACGCAUUACAGAAAAUGCGACCAUCAAAUGUCUGGCUUCCAAUCCCCUCAACAGCUUCAUUCUGUGCAAUAUUUUGGACAAGUGUACCAGCUCUCAACGAGUGACUGCAAAUGAACCAGUGACAAAUAGCAAAGUGUUUACAUUGUUGCUGUACAGUCUGUUUAACUGCAGCACGAGUACAGAAACAGACGCUGAGAAUAAGAGUGAAGAGGAGAAGAAAUUGUUUAAAGACACCAUCCUGAAACUGGGAGAACUAUCCUUCAACUCUCUGCUAUCAGGGAAACUUAAAAUAAAUGUGACUGAUCUGAAGACCUAUGGAAUAGACCCAGACAUCCUUUCAAAAUAUCUCUCAAAUCUUGUGCUGGAAUGUAAAUGCCAAGGAGUCUUUGAGUUCCACCAUGCAGUGCUGAAGGAACAAUUUGCAGCUUUAUAUUGCGCUACUUUACUCAACAAUGAAGCUGAAGAGUUGGUCAAGUGUCUGGAUCUGUGGUGCUUUGGGAAAAGGCCACUAAAUCAAAUGAGCCAAUUUUAUUUGCAAUCUUUUCAACCUGACCACACAGAGAAACUGUACCAUUUUCUGAGGUUUCUCACUGGCUUCUUAACCGCAGGAAGAGAUGGCAAGUUGUGGAACUAUACAACUCCUCUCCCCCCUUCUACAGCCAGAGCUCUCACAACAUGGUUCAAAAACAGCCUUCAGCGAGACAUUAAGAAGGCAGAAUUGCUGAAUUUGAUGCAUUGUCUCUUUGAACUGAAUGAUGCCACUGUAACGGCAGAAGUAUCUCCUUGCAUCCAACAUGUGGAUUUUCACAACGUUUCUCUGAGCCCACUCGAUCUGCGUGCUUUGUGCUACUGUCUCAAUCAUUCCACCGUGGAGGAGAUGGAUUUGAGGCUCUGUAGCAUUGGUGAUAAAGGAAUAAAGCAGCUCCAAGAAAUACUAGUCAAGUGCAGAACUCUUUUGGUUAGCUCCAACAAACUGACUGUAAAGUCAGCAAAGAGUUUGAGUGCCGUCCUUGAAGACCCAAAGUGCAGGAUUGAGACAUUAUCGUGUGGUACAAACUCUUUUGGUUCGGCGGGAGCUCAGAUUCUGUGGAAAGCUCUGGCACGAAACAGAAGUCUCAAAAUCCUUCGCCUGUAUGACAAUGGGAUCACAGUUGAAGGCACAGAGAACAUGACUCAGUACCUGACAUGCAACAAUACUCUCCAGAAACUCUUUUUAUGUGCAAACAAACUUGAUGACGUUGAACAGAAAAACAUUCAACAAGCCGAAAAGCUGUGUCACGGGCUAAAGAUCAUCACUAAAAUCAGAGACGAUGAAGAGCUCUUACUCCGAGUUGAAAGUCAUGUUCAAAUGCUUCCCUCCCUUGAGCAGAGUUACGCCACAGAGUGGCUGUGCAAACUAUUGAAAUCCAUUCUGAAAGACCUGGGAGAUGAGAGUACCAUACCUGAUGUAGACACCCGGGUAAGGAUAGGAAAGAUAAAAGCAAAUAUUAACAAAUAUCUUCAGAUGAACAAAGUCACCAUGAUUGAUGUUCCAGACAAGGAGAAUGUGUUGCAGCUCCAUACCCCUGCACCACUUCCUCGAAACAACUUCCUUAAACGUUUCUUUUCUACGUCACGGUGGCGCAGCGGUAGAGUUGCUGCCUUACAGCGAAUGUAUCACCGGAGAACCGGGUUCUGUCUACACGGAGUUUGUACGUUCUCCCCGUGACCUGCAUGGGUUUUCUCCGAGAUCUU